AUGUGGGUCUCCUCGAGACUCUCAAGGAGAAUCAGAGUGGACGAACAACCUAUCGAACUCGUGGAUGGAAUCUAUUAUUUGGGCUGUACGCGGAAAAACGAUAGCAGCCGCGGGAGAGAUAUUCAGCCAAGAUGUGCUAAAGCUAAUUCGGCAUUCAACUCAUUGAUAAAGUGCCCCAUCCCCAACGAAGUCAAGCUGCGAGUCUAUCUGUCCGCAAUUCGAUCUAUCAUGAUGUACAGAUCGGAGACUUGGGCAGCGCCGGUGACGGUAAUGGAAAAGCUUGACUGCAUGGAGAGAAAGCUGUUUAGACGACUGGUAGACUAUUUUUGGCAGUUGGUACGCCAUAACGAAGAGCGUGACCAGGAAGUAGAUGUGGUGUACCGGCUUAUGACACGUGGAAAACGUCAACAUCUUGUCCGGCCUCCUAAAGUAUUUACGGAAAAACUGUCUUCGCUUCUUCGGCCUUGGUAUGAGGAGACCAUACGACCGUCCUGCUCAGGUUGUCCGGAGGAUGCUUGCAAAUCCUAA